AUCCCAGGAAAUCCCAGUCUUCCUGGUCAAAGGCCUGAGCCACAGGCGUGUCUGCCAGCGGGGGGCAGGGCGCCGGCGUUUCCAGGAUGGAGGCUCGGAGCAGCAGGUGGAGCGGGGUCCCCGGGGGCGCCAAGGCCAUGGCCGCGGCUAGCACGGUGCGGAAGGCAGCGGGCCCGGUGCCCGAGGCGGCCCAGCCGUUCCUCUUCACCCCUCGCUCGGGCCCCGGGCUGGGGAGCAGCGUGGGGCCCCCCCAGGUGGAGUGGGCCGCCCGCCGCCUGGUGUGGGUGCCCUCGGAGCUGCACGGCUUCGAGGCGGCCGCCCUGCGGGACGAGGGCCCCGAGGAGGUGGAGGUGGAGCUGGCCGAGAGCGGGCGCCGGCUGCGGCUGCCCAGGGACCAGGUGCAGCGCAUGAACCCCCCCAAGUUCAGCAAGGCCGAGGACAUGGCCGACCUCACGUGCCUCAACGAAGCUUCCGUGCUCCACAACCUGCGCGAGAGAUACUACUCGGGGCUCAUCUAUGUAAGUGUGGGCCUGGGGCCGCGAGCGCCCGACCCCUCCCCAGGAGCGCACUGCCCAUCACAGAAGUUCGUGGAGAUGUACCGCGGCAAGAAGCGCCACGAGGUCCCGCCCCACGUCUACGCGGUCACCGAGAGCGCCUACCGCAGCAUGCUGCAAGACCGAGAGGACCAGUCCAUCCUGUGCACGGGCGAGUCUGGGGCCGGCAAGACAGAAAACACGAAGAAGGUCAUUCAGUACCUGGCUCACGUGGCCUCGUCCCCCAAGGGCCGGCGGGAGCCUGGGGCCCAGAGCCCGGCCAGCGCGGUGGCCUAUGGCGAGCUGGAGCGGCAGCUGCUCCAGGCCAACCCGGUCCUGGAGGCCUUCGGCAACGCCAAGACCGUCAAGAACGACAACUCCUCGCGCUUUGGGAAAUUCAUCAGGAUCAACUUUGACGUGGCGGGCUACAUUGUGGGAGCCAACAUCGAGACCUACUUGCUGGAGAAGUCUCGGGCCAUCCGCCAGGCCAAGGACGAGUGCAGCUUCCACAUUUUCUACCAGCUUCUUGGGGGAGCGGGGGAGCAGCUCAAAGAGGACCUGCUCCUCCAGCCGUGCUCCGAGUACCGCUUCCUCACCAACGGGCCGGCGUCGUCCCCGGGCCAGGAGCGCGAGCUCUUCCACGAGACCCUGGAGUCGCUGCGUGUCCUGGGCUUCACCCACGAGGAGAUAAUCUCCAUGUUACGGGUGGUCUCCGCCGUCCUCCAGUUCGGAAACAUCUCCCUGAAGAAGGAGCGCCAUUCGGACCAGGCCACGAUGCCGGACAACACAGCGGCCCAGAAGCUCUGCCGCCUGCUGGGUUUGGGGGUGACCGAUUUCUCCCGAGCCCUGCUCUCGCCCCGGAUCAAGGUUGGCCGGGAUUAUGUGCAGAAGGCUCAGACCAAGGAGCAGGCUGACUUUGCCUUGGAAGCCUUGGCCAAAGCCUCCUACGAACGCCUCUUCCGCUGGCUCGUGCUCCGCCUCAACCGGGCCCUGGACCGCAGCCCGCGCCAGGGGGCCUCCUUCCUGGGAAUCCUGGACAUCGCCGGCUUCGAGAUCUUCCAGCUGAACUCCUUCGAGCAGCUGUGCAUCAACUACACCAACGAGAAGCUGCAGCAGCUCUUCAACCACACCAUGUUCGUGCUGGAGCAGGAGGAGUACCAGCGCGAGGGCAUCCCCUGGACCUUCCUGGACUUCGGCCUCGACCUGCAGCCCUGCAUCGACCUCAUCGAGCGGCCGGCCAACCCCCCGGGGCUCCUGGCCCUGCUGGAUGAGGAGUGCUGGUUCCCCAAAGCCACGGACAAGUCCUUUGUGGAGAAGGUGGCCCAGGAGCAGGGCAGCCACCCCAAGUUCCAGCGGCCCCGGCAGCUGCGGGACCAGGCGGACUUCAGCGUGCUGCACUACGCCGGGAAGGUGGACUACAAAGCCAACGAGUGGCUGAUGAAAAACAUGGACCCGCUGAACGACAGCGUGGCCGCCCUCCUGCACCAGAGCACGGACAAGCUCACGGCGGAGAUCUGGAAGGACGGGCCCCCGGGGGGGGCCCCCGGGGGGCGGCACAAAGCCCAGGCCGGGGAGGGGCCCCUCAACCCCCCCCCCCCCCGGGGCCCGGCUGGGGGAAGGGGGGUUUCCCCCCGGCCCGGGGGGAAAAAAAGGAGCCUCAAUAAACUGAGGCACAAGUAUGAGGCCAUGAUGGCCGACAUGGAAGAGCGGCUCAAGCUGGAGGAGAAGAGCCGGCAGGAGCUGGAGAAGACCAAGCGGCGGCUGGACGGGGAGAGCUCCGAGCUGCAGGAGCAGAUGCUGGAACAGCAGCGCCGCGCUGACGAGCUCCGGGCCCAGCUGGGCCGCAAGGAGGACGAGCUCCAGGCCGCCCUGGCCAGGGCCGAGGAGGAGAGCAGCUCGCGAGCCACGCUGCUCAAGUCCCUCCGAGAGGCCCAGGCCGGCCUGGCCGAAGCCCAGGAGGACCUGGAAGCCGAGCGGGUGGCCCGGGCCAAGGCCGAGAAGCAGCGGCGGGACCUAGGGGAGGAGCUGGAGGCCCUGCGGGGGGAGCUCGAAGACACCCUGGACUCCACCAACGCCCAGCAGGAGCUCCGCUGCAGCUUCCUCCAGGAGAGGGGGGAAAUGGACUUCUUGGGCCUGAGCCUAAAGCUUGUCAUUGCUCCCUUGGCCCUGGGCAGGCUGACUCCCCCCGACUGGGCCAUCCAGCCCUCUCGGCAGUGUGGUGCCCUCCUGGCUCUAGGAGAACCCGGGCCAGCUUCGGCCUGGGAUCCAGAUGGGGCUGGAGGCGAGGUGGCUUGCGAGCAAGCUGGGAGGAAGAAGCAGCAUGAGGGCGACACUCCGAGUCGAUGUGAGCCCAGUGAGACACAAGGAGAGCAGGCUGAAUACCUGAGCGGGCAGGACACCAGGGAUUCAAGGAUGACAGGACCAUCAGGCUCAGGAGGGGCAGAUGGGAACCAAUCCCGAUGCAGGCCCCUGAGGGGAGCAGGGGAGGGCAGCUGCAGGAGCGACACUCAGGUCAGCAACCUCAGGAAGAAGUUCAGGCCAGGGGUGCGUGGACUGGGAGGAGAACCCGAGGCAGGGACCUCCGCCGAGAUUUCAGGGCCGGGAGCCUCCACCACCCCUGGCCUGGGAAGCCUAGGGGGUUUCCAUCUUUACUGGCCUUGGGCGCCCUAUGGCAAAUGGUGCAACCCAGGGCUGCCAAAACUCAUUCCGACCCUCCCCGUCUCAAGCAUUCCCCUCAGGGCUCAUGGGGUUCUUGAUAAGCUCUGGGGAGGGAGGCUGUAUCCCUGCGUUAUGGAGGGGCAGGGAGCCGAGCGAAGGAAACCCGAGGAACAGGCAAGAUUUGACUUUCGGCGUUGGCAGAACAGGGCAGACAUGGAGCCAGACCCUCUGGUCGGGGAUGGAGCUUCUUCGGGCAGCAAGGUUGACGUCAGACGGAGCGUGAGCUGGACAUCCUGCCCCGCCCCCUCCCCGCCCCUGGCCCGCCCCCACCUCCAGCUCUGGGGGCAGCUUGGGCCUCCUACCCCCACAUCCAGCGCGGUGCUCCUGCCCAGCCCCUACAUGCGGCGCGGUGCUCCUGCCCGCGCCCCUAAGCCCACCCCCUCCUUGGGUUGCUCCGAGGUGGAGCGCGACGAGGAGCGGAAGCAGAGGGCUUUGGCCGUGGCCGCCCGCAAGAAAGCCGAGCUGGAGCUGGAGGAGCUGAAGGCCCAGGUGGGCUCGGCGGGCCAGGGGAAGGAGGAGGCCCUGAAGCAGCUCCGGAAGACGCAGGCCCAGAUGAAGGAGCUCUGGCGGGAAGUGGAGGAGUCUCGAACCUCCAGGGAGGAAAUCUUCGCCCAGAACCGGGAGAAUGAGAAGAGGCUCAAGAGCCUCGAGGCAGAGCUGCUGAGGCUGCAGGAGGAGCUCGCGGCCUCGGACCGGGCCCGGCGCCAAGCCCAGCAAGAUCGGGACGACUUGGCCGACGAGGCAGCCGGCGGGAACCUAGCCAAGACGGCUCUCCUGGAGGAGAAACGGCAGCUCGAGGGGCGACUGGGCCAGCUGGAGGAGGAGCUGGAGGAGGAGCACGGGAACCUGGAACUCCUGACUGACCGCUACCGCAAGCUGCUGCUGCAGGUGGAGUCACUGACCACCGAGCUAUCGGCGGAGCGCAGCUUCUCCGCCAAGGCCGAGAGCGGGCGGCAGCAGCUGGAGCGGCAGAUGCAGGAGCUGCGGGGCCGCUUGGGAGAGGAGGAUGCCGGGGUCAAGGCCCGCCACAAGAUGCUCAUCGCCGCCCUCGAGUCCAAGCUGGCGCAGGCCGAGGAGCAGCUGGAGCAGGAGAGCAGGUGAGGCCCCGAGCCGGGAGCUCGCUGGGCCUCUGGGAUGCCAGGCAACGCACCCAAGCAUGGGAGGAGAGUGGUUCUCUGGGUGGAUGAGAGGGAGAGAGGAGGGUGAGACCAGCUCCAGGACAGCCGCCCCCCUCCCCCCCCCCCCCAGCUGGAGAAGGGAAACCUGCGGCUGAAGCAGCUGAAACGGCAGCUGGAGGAGGCCGAGGAGGAGGCCUCCCGGGCCCAAGCGGGGCGCCGGCGGCUGCAGCGCGAGCUCGAUGACGUCACGGAGUCUGCGGAAUCCAUGAACCGCGAGGUCACCACCCUGAGGAACCGGCUUCGGCGAGGACCCCUCACCUUCACCACUAGGACCGUGCGGCAAGUCUUCCGCCUGGAGGAAGGGGUGGCCUCCGACGAAGAGGAAGGAGAAGAAGCAGGAGGCGCCAGUCCCCCUGCUCCGGAACCCGAUGUCCCCCCCCAGUCCCAGCCAGAGUGACCCCCUUGUUUAUCUACUGCUCUGCAUCCCUUCCCUUUCUGCUUUCUUGCACUUUGGAGACCCCAGUGCCCAACCCAGGCACUUUAGCCCUUAAGGCCCCCAACCCAAAUCAAGUAAAUGGCGCUGGCUUGGGGAGGGGCUCAGGCUUGCCUUCCCUCCACUCCCCCGUUUGUUCAUCAACAAGGGGGAGGAGGCCUUGGUUUCCCCCCUCUCAUGUUCACUCUCUCCAUGCCUCCCUCUCCGUCCCCACCUUUGUUCCUUUUUCCCCCAGCUUCCCUCUUGCCAGCUCCAACACCCUCAUCUCUCCAUCCUUUCAUCUCUCCCUUCUCAUUUCCGUCUCUCUUCCACCGUCAUCUUCAUAUUCUCAUUUCCAUCUCCCUUUCUUCCAUGCUCAUCCCCAUAUUCUCCUCUCAUUUCUUCUCAUGUUUUCACCUCUUUCGUCCCUCUCACCUCCCCCCAUCCUCAUCUUUUGCCUCCCUUUGUCUCCUCCACACUUAGCAUGGUGCCUGGUGCAUAGCAGGUGCUUCCUAAUGGUUUGCGCUUGCUUCAUCUCCAAAUUACUUCAUCUCCUGCUCCCCAUCUCGGCUCGUUUCCUUCUCCCUUCGUCUCGUGUCCCUGCUCCCCAUCUUCUCCCCUCCUCAUCUCCCCCCCUUCUGCCAUCUCCCCCAUCUCCUUCCUUCCUCCAUUCCCCGGUCCCGCCCCCUCAUCACUGUCUUGCUCGGGUUCUCGUUCCCGGCCCCCUCCUCUGCCUCCUCUUGGCCCUUCCCAUUCCCCCGGCCGAUGCUCUGGUGGCUUGUGUGAUUUAGGUUGGAAUUUCAGGGUCAGAUAGAACAGCAGCACUUGUCCUAUUCCCCCGAUCCCGAGCCUUUCCCUUCCCACUCCCAAGGAAAUAAACCUCAAAGCCUCAA